GAGUCGUAUCGCGACAACAACCCUUCCACUGUUGCGCGUUUCUGCUGCCUGCUGGCUCUCUCCUACUUGUUCUCCACCAUGUCUACCGGACCACGAUUUGUAUACCCGUUCGCGACCUCGCCCGACGUGAUCCGCUCGCACCAGAAGGACGCCUACUUCAGCGCCGUGCUCCUUGAACAGCUCACUACGCUCCUGCGCAAAGUCAAAGGCGCGCGAUAUGCACACACAUACACGUCCGAAACACGUGUCUUCGGAGAGCUCCUCUACCUCGGUCUCACAACGUUGAUUGGGAACCGGACACUAGGCGAGGAGUACUGCGAUAUCAUACAGGUCGAAGGCGAGAGCGGGAGGCUGCCCGGCCUGGCGAGAAGAGCAGCCUACAUACUGAGUUGCGUUCUGGGACCCUAUGUGCUGGGGAGGAUACUACCCGCCUUUAGAAAGAGGAUACGCGCAAAGCUAGAAGCAAACCUCAAGAGAUACGGCCGACAGCGCGCAAAGGCACAGCAACACGCCCACGAAAGCGAAAGCAUAAAGCCCAUAUCCACACCCCUCGCCGCCCGCGUGCAGAACUACAUCCUCCAGAACCUCGACACCAUCACCUCCCCAUCCCCCGUCUACGCUCUCUCCCUAGCAACCUUCUACUUCGCGGGCAGCUACUACCACCUCUCCAAGCGGAUAUGGAAUCUGCGCUACAUAUUCACGCGCCACGUGCAGGAAAGCGACCAGCGCAUGGGCUACGAAGUGCUCGGCGUGCUGCUCAUCCUCCAGAUGGCCGUCCAGGCAUACCUCCACCUCCAGAACACCGUCUCCCGCGACGUACCGCAGACGAGCGCGCUGGGCACCAGCAUGGGCACCUCGGCCAUGGUCGGCGGCGGCGCGGAAGUGUCGCUCGAUCCCAACGCUUACAGCGCCAAUAAUGCGCUGCUGUUCGAGGCGUCGACGGGUCAGACGACGCCGCCGACGGAGCUGCAGAAGUGGACCAAUACGCCCGUCGCAGAUAAGCCGCGGUACGAGUUGAACGACGACGAGACAAUGGCUUGGAUAGGGGAGAAUAAUAGGAAAUGCACGCUGUGCUUGGAGGGGAUGAAGGAUCCCAGUGUCACGACGUGUGGGCAUGUGUUUUGCUGGACGUGUAUUAGCGACUGGGCGAGGGAGAAGCCCGAGUGCCAUUUGAAAGACAUGAUGUUGUCCAAUCGACGCAGUGUAUCCAAGAGCCGAUCAUCCUCCUUCUCCACACGCAGCAAGGUGUGGCUCUGCAAACACUACUUGGCAAGCCCAAGCGACCGAGCGAGCAACAACUGCCGAGGCAGUCGCAUUCGAGGGGCCGUCAUCGUCACCCUUGGUAUUGCCAUGGUGGCAGUCGUUGAAGGUCUUCGCGUCGGCCUGCGUGAUGCAGCGGAACUUGCGCUGGCCCCAGAGAUGAAGCUUCGGAUUCGGCCAGUUGCAGUCGAAGCCGUAGCCUCCGUAUGCAAAGCACUCGCCGUGCUUUACGUUGUCGAUGCUGAGGAGAUCCCAUUUCCAGGUCUCGCCAUCUUGGUGGCCGCGGUCCUUGUAAAUGGCUGUGAAGCUGGAGCGGAUCGUUGCAGAAAUGCAUCUCGACCUCCUGGAUAUCAGGCCAGGGCCACUGGAGUCGAUGUCAGUAUUGUUGUAUCUAGAGGCCCGCGUAUGAGCUCUAAGGGCGGGCAUGGAACUGUCACCUACGUCGUUGACAUCGCACUUGCCCUUGCAGCGGACGCCGAGCUUGUUCCCACUCACGUCAGAGCGCUGCCACCAGAACUGCUUGUCCUGCUGGACAUCGCCGCAUUGGGGGUCUUGGUUGAACACCAUGUAGCCGUUGGGUUGGGUGCCCCAGGGAGAAUCGAGGGAUGCACGCUGACCAUGGAUGCGGUAGAGAUCGAAGUUCGCCGAGGCGGCGAAGAUGAGGGUGGCCAGAGUGGCCACAAGUUUCACAUCCAUGCCUUGAAAGUGACUCCGCGUGUAAAGCCGUGA